AUGCGAUCACUCUCCAUAAACCUGCAGUACUCCCUGACUGCAACAGUCACUACCACACUCCUCCUCAUUCUCGCUAGUCUAUCCACUGCCAUUGCAGAUGGUGGUUCUUCUCUGGGCAUCGAAGUCGAGUCCCUGAACGUCGGCGGGCCGGUCGUCAGCGAUGGAGCAGGAUUGCCUUUUGCGCUGGACUCGUUCAAUGGGCUCGAGCUCCGAGACAGCGUGGAUGAGAAUGGGGAGUCGAACGGGCUGGACCUGGUGCGACGAUACCCCGCGUCAGGCAUAUCUCUAGCCAACAAUGACUUCCAGACCGCGACCAUUGAAGCUGGAGCCACACAGUAUUGGUAUAUUACUUCAAGUGUGGUGAAUGGCAAGCAUGGUGUGGCUGGCAAGGGUCUCCCGGCGGACUUGAGUUCGCGAAGUCUAGAUGAGUCGACAAAGAUUGAACAUGAUUUGCGGAGACGGAAUCUGGAGAAGCGCUCGACAACGGUCUAUCUGUCUCUGACAACGUGCAGUAAACCGACCGCGAACGGCACUGCUGACUCAGGCUCGUUUCCCCAGUUAGAGAUGUACGUCUCUCUCGCGGAGGAUCUGGAGGAACCUGGGCCUGGGAAGAAUGACUCACAACAGAAUAAGACCACUGCAUCGGGUGGUUAUAUCGGCAUUACAGUUGAGACAGACAGCGAUGUCUAUAUUGGAGUCACAGCGCCAAACUCCACGGCAUACUCGGGCUCCUACAAAUACCAGAUCGCAGCCUCCAUUGACGCUUUCUUCCAUUCGGUGGACGACUACGACCCGUUUCUUUACUUUGUCGACGCAGAUCACUCCGCCGCACUUUUGGUCACGAACAAUUUAACGCAAUCUAAUCCCAACACCACGAAUUAUGAGCAGUGGAUGAACAUGAUACCCCCAUUUACUAUGUUCGCGCACAAUAUCAACAACACAGCGCUUGCCGGUCUGGAGCGGUCUUUUUGCGCGUUAGACGAGUUGUCGCAAGUGGGACGAAUCAGCAACUCGGUCGAAGUAGGUAUGACCAGUCGAGGACUAGGGAACCAGCCCAAAGAGCAGUUUUACAUAACCGGCCUCAACCGAAGUUCCACCUACAAUGGUAUUCUUGCGAUGGUGGGCAACUCAACGCUAACCGGCAACGGCGUUAUCGGCGGCGGUGGAAAAGUAUGGAUGCCGAUGAAUUUUACCACCAAAGCUGACGACAAUUGCGCCGUCCUAUUCAACCUAACAUUCUGCUCGGAAGUAGCGUACGCCGUCCCUUCGAACCCUAAACUCAACGUGGCCUCCCUCCGUGAGAUCUACGACGUCAACGCUCAAAAUUACUACACAAACUUCAGCUACUCCCUCCAACAAAUUCAAUGCAACGCCUCCCAAGAAUCAAUGUUCUCUCUAACAGUUGGCUGUGACGACUGCGCGAGUGCCUACAAACAAUGGCUCUGCAGCGUCAGUAUCCCCCGCUGCGCCGACUUCAGCAAUAACGCCUCCUACCUCAUGGUUCGCAACGCUGGACAAGAUUUUAUCAACGGCACAUCGCUUCCCGCCGAUAGCCCGUAUCGACAAUCUGUCGCGACGAACUCCUCGAGGAAUCAAUUGAUCGAUACGAAGAUCAAACCGGGUCCAUACAAGGAGAUUCUGCCCUGUUUGGACGUUUGUCAUACUUUGGUGAAAGAUUGUCCAAUGUCUCUUGGAUUCAAUUGUCCCACUGGAGCAUGGGCGAACUCGAGUUACGGUUACCGGGAUGCGAAUGGGGAUAUUACGUGUAGUUAUCUCGGGGCCGCAUAUUUCCUGAAUCUUGGAGCGAAGAUGGGUAUUUGGGGGAGUGUUUAUCUGUUGGCUGGGAUUUGGGGUAUCUGGUGGGCUGUGUAG